AUGGAAUUUCUCGAUGAUAUGUGCUGGACUGAGCAACAUGGACUCCCAGCAGUUGAUGAAUAUCCCAGUCUACCUCUUCAGUCAUUGCAGGCGAACUUCAAAGACCCUCUGAAGGAUGAUAUAAACCCUUUGUUACGGGCCAGAUAUAAUGAGCUUUUGAACCAAGCGAACGGUUUAACUGAGUCCUGGUAUCCGAUUCGUAUCUUUGGAUCAGGAGCAGGAAUCAUUCAUUUGCCCGGUGCUGCACAUGAAAUGUUUAAGUGGCUUCAACGCGGCCUUCUGGGAAUCGAACGUUGGAUGGAGGAGAAUGAGUACCGUCCUGAGGAGGUGAGAUGGGGCGGCGAAAAGCAGAGAGAUGUCACGAUUGCUGAAAUUGUCUUGUUUCAAUUCUAUGAAUUCACUAAAGAUUGCUACGGUGUUGCCUUGACAGAAUCAACAGGCGUUAUGAUCAAAGAUGCUUAUGGACGUGACGUGCAAGAUACAUACUUAAGGUUGAAAGUUUUCUACGAGUCUUUCCUCACUCGUCCCAGUACUAAACGAGAUGCUGAUAUGGGAGAGAUCCCACCUCAAAAUUUGGUUCAGAAUAUGACAGAUUAG